AUGGUAGCGAGCAUGGCUCGCUCCCGCUCCUCGGCAUGGACCUUACCCAGGGCCUUGCUGAUCUUGGCCCUCGUCGCUUCGACCGCAUGCGCCGCCGACAUUCUCAAGACGGACGGCUUCAGCAACUGCGGAACCGACGACAGCAUCAAGGUGGACAAGGUCGACAUCACCUUUGACAAAGAUCAGAAAUCAAUCACCUUCGACGUGGCCGGCACCAGCCUCAAGGAGCAGAACGUGACGGCCGUCCUUAACGUCACCGCCUACGGCAACGCCGUCUUCUCAAACAGCUUCAACCCCUGUGACAAGGCCACCUUUGUCGGCCGCCUGUGUCCCGUGCCCUCGGGCGAUUUCGCUGCUCAGGGCGCCCAGCAGAUCCCCGGCAACUUCGCCGACAUGAUACCCGCCAUCGCUUUCCAGGUCCCCGACAUUGCCGCCCAGGCCACCCUGCAGCUCAACAGCGUCGAUGGCGGAAAGAACGUGGCCUGCAUCCGCUCCCAGGUCUCCAACGGCAAGUCGGCCAACGUCCCCGCCGUCCAGUACAUCGCCGCGGGCAUUGCUGGUGUCGCCCUCAUUGCCUCGGGUGUCUCUUCCCUCAGCGCCGUCUUGUCCGGCUCGGGUGGAUGCCUCGGCACUGUCAGCCCCAGCUUCACGGAAACGUUUGGCUGGUUCCAGGGCAUGGCCAUGAACGGCAUGCUCUCGGUCAACUACCCCCCGGUCUACCGCAGCUUCUCCAAAAACUUUGCCUUCUCUACUUGCCUCAUUCCUUGGGUUGGCCUUCAGACCUCCAUCGACGGCUUCCGCGCCAAGACGGGCGGCAACCUCACCGAGGACAGCGUCGAGUUUCUCAAGAAUGCCACCCUCGUCUUUCCCGACGGCUCCACCGCCAGCCCGACCAAGGGCCUGCUCAAGUUCAAGCGAGCCCUCGACGACUUUGCCGUCCUGGCCACCCGCGAGGCCGCCGACAGCUCCAACCAGACCUCGGCCGGCUUUCAGCACGCCGUCAAGGGCAUCCAGGCAUACGCCGAGAAGCUGGCUGUUCCCAGGUCGGACGUCUUCAUGACGGUCCUGCUCAUCGUUGCCAUCAUCAUCGCCGCCAUCGUCGUCGGCAUCCUGCUUGUCAAGGUCAUUCUCGAGGCCUGGGCCCUGUUUGGCAGCUUCCCCAAGUCGCUCGCAGGCUUCCGCAAGCACUAUUGGGGGUCCAUCGCCCGCACAAUCACCUCGCUCAUCCUUAUCCUCUACGGCAUCUGGGUGCUCUACUGCAUCUUCCAGUUCACCCACGGUGACACUCUCGCCGCCAAGGCCCUUGCCGCCGUCACACUCGUCAUCUUCACCGGCAUCCUCGCCUUCUUCACCUGGAAAAUCUGGAGCACGGCCCGGCAGCUCAAGAAAGCGGGCGGAGACGCCGAUGGCCUCUACUACGACAAGAAGAUUUGGGUCAAGUACUCACUCUUCUACGAAUCAUACAAGAAGAACUACUGGUGGCUCUUUGUCCCGGCCAUUGUCUACAUGUUCGUCAAGGGCGCCGUCCUGGCCGCCACCGACGGCAGCGGCUUGAUCCAGUCGGUUUCCCAGCUCAUCAUCGAGGCCGUCAUGCUCAUCCUGCUGCUCUGGAGCCGACCCUACGAGCGCAAGUCGGGCAAUGUCGUCAACAUCGCCAUUGCCGUUGUGCGCGUCUUGUCCGUGGCCUGCAUCCUCGUCUUUGUCGAGGAGUUUGGCAUCAGGCAGACGACCCAGACCGUUGCCGGCGUCGUCUUGAUUGCCGUCCAGUCCGCCCUGACCGGCAUCCUCGCCAUCCUCAUUGCGUGGAAUGCCUUUAAUGCCUGCUGCAAGGCGAACCCGCACCGAAAGCGCAGAAAGGAGAUGGAGAAGAAGCAGCGCGACAUGGACAAUCUCACGCCUCUCGACGCACGGAACACGCUGCUGCUUGAUCAUCAGGCCCAUCCAAGCAUGGGCGGAAACAUGUCUGUGCAUUCCUUCUCGACCGACUACAGCAGGGAAAAGCCGAUGGUCCGCUCCGGUUCGCCGGAGCGGUACUAUCCCGUCGGGCAGGAAUUCGCAUCUCUCUACCCGGCCCAUACACCCACGACGGAUGCGUCGCGGAGACUGGUCGAUGACCCGGCGCCCAUGGGCAUGGAGCGUGAGUACAGGGGGCCCGUGGGCUCCGGGUUUGGGUACGGACAAGGGGCUUAUGGCCAGGACACGCAAGGAGCCUACGGGCAGGGGGCGUACGGACACGGAGCGCGGAGGUAG